ACCCAUUAGAAUCCCCAACAAAAUUUACUACUCCCCACCCCUGCCCCCUGGUCUUACACCACCACAUCCCGAGAGAGAGAGAGAGAGAGAGAGAGAGAGAGAGAGAGAGCACAGGGUUGUUGAAGGGCCUUGAGAGGGGAGGGAAGCCGAGGAGGGAGAAGGGGGAUUAUAUCACCGCUGGCAUUCAUAAAUUCCAGACCUAACCCAACCAAGCCUGCCUUUUUGGGUUUCAAGCACAGUCUUUGAUUUGGAAUACAACUCAAAUGCAAUUGCUCGAUGAUGAUUCUGUCCUCUACAGCUGCUGUACGCAAAGUCGAAACAGUCCCUGGUGUUUUAUAACAAGUUUGGAAAUUCUAGAUUUACCUCGUCUUAUUCAUUGAUUGCUUUUGCUAAGUGAUGACGUAGCAAUCUGGAGUCAAUGGGUCGGAGAACUACGAAGCUGGUUUAGUAAUUGAGUAGGGCUCUGACGUGCCAGAACUAAGAGGGGAACAGUUAAGUUACUUCUUUUGGGAGUAAACAAAAGCAACAUACACUUGAAUAGUAUUGAAGGUUGUCAGGUGAGGAUGCUGAUUCAGAGUUCUCUUUCUGGUUCAAUUGAAGAAAGUUGGCAGCAGUGUCCAAAGUGGGAGAAAAAUCCUCGGGAUGGGUACGAAGAAGUUGUUCCGGUUAUUGUGGGGAACAAGAAUAUAGAUGAUAUAUGCUCCUUAAAUUUUGCAAGUAGUUGUUCUCAGCUGUCAACUGUCAGUACUAUGUCUGAGAAUUCUAGACCUGCUUUUGUGUACAAGCGAAGAAAGCUCCAAACAAAUGCUGUUUCUGUUUUCCAAGCCCUUACAUCAGCAAAUCUAAGUGGAGGAUGUAUUUCUGCCAUCAGAUCUGAAGCCGCUUCAGUGGUAGGCAAGGAGGGACGCAUGGUUUCUGUAAUGCCUCCUGUUGAAUGUGGUAGGGAGGUUCUUGUUUUGAACUCAGAAUCCAUCAGUGGGUGUGUAGUUGGGGAGGAGCCUGGUUUGAAAGAAUCGAAAGAAGCCUUGAAAAGUGAUAUGCAUACGGCUUUAGAUUUCGGCUGUGUAAAUGACAGUUAUUCAUCAUCAAAGUCAAAUGUGGAGCUUGGUUCAUCUGCCUUGAGGAUUGAAGUGGAUGACACUGGUGAAUGCUCCUCUUCUAGUGCAUUGGUUGUGGAUGGUGUGCAUGAUGAUCGGUCGGAAAAAGAAAUUUUCAUUUCUAUUCUUAGAAGCCAGGGCCUGCUUGAAGGAGUUUUGCCUACUAGGCUGCACCCUUCUGCUGGAACUCCUGGAACACGUUGUGACAGCAGUUAUGUAUGGACAUGCAAAGUUUGUGAUCAUCCAGAAACUACAGUGAAGAUGCUAAUUUGUGACCAUUGUGAAGAGGCUUUUCAUGUCUCUUGUUGCAACCCUCGUAUAAGGAAGAUACCAGUUGAUGAAUGGUACUGCCAAUCUUGUUCAAAAAAGAAACAUAAAAUUUUGAAGGAGGACACUAAGAGUAAAACAGUGAAUAUCAGCAGUGAAAGGAGCAGAUUUAGAAAUGCAACAUCUGAAAAGGAGUUAGGUCCUAUGGCAUCCAUGUUGAUAGGCACUGAGCCAUAUGAACCUGGUGUUCGAAUUGGUCAAGAUUUUCAAGCAGAGGUUCCUGACUGGUGUGGUCCUUCUGUCGAGGAGGUUGAUACCAUUGGGGACCAAUCGGAAAUCGAUCCUUCAGAGCUAGUUAGCUUGCUUGGGUGGAAUUCCAACAAGCCUUCUAGAGUCAGCUCUAUUGGUAAUUGGCUUCAAUGUCGAGAAGUCAUAGAAGGUAUGGGAGAAGGUGGUGAUGGAGCCAUUUGCGGAAAGUGGCGCAGGGCUCCUCUUUUUGAAGUUCAAACAGACGACUGGGAAUGUUUCUGCGCUGUCCUCUGGGAUCCAGCUCAUGCUGAUUGUGCUGUACCCCAGGAGCUGGAUACAGAUCAAGUUUUGAAGCAAUUAAAGUACAUUGAGAUGUUGCGGCCUCGGCUGGCUGCUAAAAGGCGCAAAUUGGAUAUUCGCGAAAAUGCUGGUUCACAAGAUCGUGCUGAGGAUGUGAGAAAUAUACGAAACCCAUAGUUGUUCUUGUACAUUUAUUCGAGCAUACAAGUUCGAAGUUUUGCGCGAUCAGCUUCUGUUGUAAUUGUCGCGGAAUUGUCAAAAGUAAAAUAUAAUCGAAAUGAUUGAGCUGCUGGUGUUCGAGUGCUUGUCAAAUUUGUAUGUUGUUUGCGUUUUUUAUUUUCAUUUUUCUUGUGGGCAGAACUCAAAAUGUGGGAGUAAUGUUGAUCAUUUUUUACGAGGUUCUUGAUGUUCUGGUC